AUGGCUGUGUACACCAACGUCAGCGAGCACGCGCUGUACAAGUGGGUAGCGAAGCACGAUAAGCACGGCGAGGUACUUUCACCCAAGACGCUGUCUCGCGGUGGCAGGGGCCGCGAUCGAGAGCAGCUGCUGGACGACUUCGACCUUGGUGUGUUGCGCAGACUCAUGCACGGUUUCUAUAAAUGGCGGGAAAUUCCGACGGUGCGCAAGCUCGUCGCAUACUUCAAAGAAGAUGACUCGCUGCCAUCCGUGUCCGCGACAACUAUUCACAAGAUGCUGCUCAAGGUAGGCUUCCGCUUUAGGAAGCGUUCCCGAAAUUCGCUCCUGAUCGAGGCCACUCGCAUCAUCCAGUGGGGAUGCAAGUACUUGCGCCAAAUUAAGGAGGUUCGACGCCAGGGACGACCCAUCUUCUACACUGAUGAAACCUGGGUGAAUGCAGGGCACACUGUGAGCCGUGGGUGGGUCGACGAGACCAUUAAGUCCGCUGGGCACGCCAAGAAAGCCAACCUGACGACAGGCCCGCCAAACCCCAGUGGUAAGGGAGGUCGCCUCAUUAUUACUCACUGUGGCAACGAGGACGGUUUCAUCACAGCUGCCGGUGAAGUAUUUCGAGCCAGAAAGGGAACAGGCGACUAUCAUGAUGAAAUGGACGGCGCCCACUACGAAAAGUGGUUUAAAGAAAAACUACUGCCGAAUUUGUCGCCACAAAGUGCCAUUGUGCUUGAUAAUGCACCUUAUCAUUCUGUGAAGCUUCAAAAGGUACCCCGUAUGGGUACGUUGAAAAAAGACAUUCAGGCCUGGCUCUCUGAAGGGUGUGACCUGGAGCAGUGA